CUCAUUCCGUGGUCACUAUUGUUGUAGUAAAAAGUACGAGGCAGUGCACAGUUUAUUCGGGAAUUUACAUUCAGUAGUAAAAGCCUUUUACCUAUUUCAUUCAAUAAGCCCAAUUAACAGACGAUGUAUCCAGUCUCAAACAACUUAAUGGCUGGUCCGUUCUGGGGAAAUGGGCCCGCCCCGGGAGCAUUCUACAACUUUCCCGGUGCCCCGGUCAACGCAGGUGCCAUGCAAGCUGCUCGCGCGGAAACUCCCGGAGAAUUUGGCACACAGCGAUCGUACUACCCAGUUACCACCGGUACAUCCGUAGUUGGGUUGAUGUUCAAGGAUGGCGUGGUUAUUGCCGCCGAUAAACUAAUUUCUUACGGCUCGUUGGCUCGCUUCCACGAUGUCGACCGUGUCUAUCGUAUCAAUGAUAAGACGGUUUUGGGCAUCGGAGGCGAUUUCGCCGAUUUUCAAUACAUCAAGCGUCACAUCGAUCAGAAGGUCAUCGACGAUCAGUGCCUGGAUGAUAAGAACGAGAUGAAGCCCCGUUCGUUCUACAACUGGCUCACCCGUGUCAUGUACAACCGCCGUUCGGAUUUCCAACCCCUCUACCUCGAUCUCGUCAUCGGAGGUAUGCAGGAUGGGGAGCCAUUCCUUGGGCACGUUAAUCUACGCGGUCGUUCCUACACGAGCAAUGUGGUGGCUACCGGCUAUGGUACCCAUCUUGCGCUGCCGUUAUUGCGUGAGUACUCGGAAAAUCCCACCGCCUACCAAGCGCUCGGCCAGGCGGAAGCAACCGAUCUGACGAAGCGCGUCAUGGAAGUGCUGUGGUACCGCGAUUGCCGCAGUGACCCCAAGUACUCGCAGGCCAUCUGCACAGCCGGCGGUGUACAGCUGGAUGCUGACUGCUUCGUGGCGCAAAAUUGGGAUCUGGCGCACACGAUUAAGGGAUACUAGAGUGCGAUGGGGCUUUUCGCUUUCGUUCGGUGGAUUAUGGUUCGAUAAUUUACACACUUUUUCCAAUAAAUCAAACAUUUAAAACCUACGAAUGAUAAAAUAAGAACUCCAAUCGGUGUUAUAAUUGACGACAGUCGGCAAAUAAUGUGUUAGUCUGUUUUAAAUAAACCUUCCGGACGUUUAUUUGUACUCCGUAUCAACA